GGGUGGUGCAGGCAGGGAAGGUAUAUCCUGUCUGACCGAGGGCGGGCCGCCAGUGCCUGGAGAGGGCAGAGCCGGGCGGAGGCCGGAGCCGCUGCAGGGAGUCCUCCCGCGAGCGAGCGAGCGAGCGCACACCCUAUGGCCACAGGGAGCCGCUGAGCGCGAGGAGACCACGCCGCCGCCCCGCCGCCCCGCACCGCCUGCGCCUGUCCCCGCCGGCUGGCCGCCGCCACCAUGAACCACUCGCCGCUCAAGACCGCCUUGGCGUACGAAUGCUUCCAGGACCAGGACAACUCCACGCUGGCCCUGCCGUCCGACCAGAAGAUGAAGACAGGCACGUCGGGCAGGCAGCGCGUGCAGGAGCAGGUGAUGAUGACCGUCAAGCGGCAGAAGUCCAAGUCUUCCCAGUCGUCCACACUGAGCCACUCCAACCGAGGUUCCAUGUAUGAUGGCUUAACUGACAAUUACAACAACUAUGGGACUACCAACCGGAGCAGCUACUACUCCAAGUUCCAGGCAGGGAAUGGCUCAUGGGGAUAUCCGAUCUACAAUGGGACCCUCAAGCGGGAACCAGACAACCGGCGCUUCAGCUCCUACAGCCAGAUGGAGAACUGGAGCCGGCACUAUCCGCGGGGCAGCUGUGCCACCCCUGGCGCAGGCAGCGACAUCUGCUUCAUGCAGAAGAUCAAGGCAAGCCGCAGUGAGCCGGACCUCUACUGUGACCCGAAGGGCACCCUGCGCAAGGGCACACUGACCAAAGGCCACAAGACCACUCAGAACCGCUAUAGCUUCUACAGCACCUGCAGUGGUCAGAAAGCCGUCAAGAAGUGCCCCGUGCGCCCACCCUCCUGUGUCUCCAAGCAGGACCAGAUGUAUGUGCCACCCAUCUCCUGCAACAAGGACCUGUCCUUCGGCCACUCAAGGGCCAGCUCCAAGAUUUGCAGUGAGGACAUCGAAUGCAGUGGGCUGACUAUCCCAAAGGCCGUGCAGUACCUGAGCUCCCAGGACGAGAAGUACCAGGCUAUCGGGGCCUAUUACAUCCAGCACACCUGCUUCCAGGACGAAUCCGCCAAGCAACAGGUCUAUCAGUUGGGAGGGAUCUGCAAGCUUGUGGACCUCCUCCGCAGCCCCAACCAGAACGUCCAGCAGGCUGCUGCAGGGGCCCUGCGCAACCUGGUGUUCCGGAGCAACACCAACAAGCUGGAGACCCGGAGGCAGAAUGGGAUCCGAGAGGCUGUCAACCUCCUGCGGAGAACUGGGAGCACAGAGAUCCAGAAACAGCUGACUGGGCUGCUGUGGAACCUGUCUUCCACUGAUGAGCUCAAGGAGGAGCUGGUGGCCGAUGCCCUGCCUGUUCUGGCUGACCGGGUCAUCAUUCCCUUCUCGGGCUGGUGUGAUGGCAACAGCAACAUGUCCAGGGAUACGGUGGACCCUGAGGUCUUCUUCAAUGCCACAGGCUGCUUGAGGAACCUGAGCUCUGCUGAUGCGGGCCGCCAGACCAUGCGGAACUACACAGGGCUCAUCGACUCCCUCAUGGCCUAUGUCCAGAACUGCGUGGCAGCCAGCCGCUGCGAUGACAAGUCCGUGGAGAACUGCAUGUGCAUCCUGCACAACCUCUCCUACCGCCUGGAUGCCGAGGUGCCCACCCGCUACCGCCAGCUGGAGUACAAUGCCCGCAAUGCCUACACAGAGAAGUCCUCCACCGGCUGCUUCAGCAACAAGAGCGACAGGAUGAUGAACAACAACUAUGAGUGUCCCCUUCCGGAGGAAGAGACCAACCCCAGGGGCAGCAGCUGGCUGUACCACUCAGAUGCCAUCCGCACCUACCUGAACCUCAUGGGCAAGAGCAAGAAGGAUGCCACCCUGGAGGCCUGUGCAGGUGCCCUGCAGAACCUGACAGCCAGCAAGGGGCUGAUGUCCAGUGGCAUGAGCCAGCUGAUUGGGCUGAAGGAAAAGGGCUUGCCACAAAUUGCCCGCCUCCUGCAAUCUGGCAACUCUGAUGUGGUGCGGUCCGGGGCCUCCCUCCUGAGCAACAUGUCCCGCCAUCCUGUGCUGCAUAGAGUGAUGGGGAAUCAAGUAUUCCCAGAGGUGACCAGGCUCCUCACCAGCCAUACUGGCAACACCAACAACUCUGAAGACAUCUUGUCCUCGGCCUGCUACACUGUGAGGAACCUGAUGGCUUCGCAGCCGCAGAUGGCCAAGCAGUACUUCUCCAGCAGCAUGCUCAACAAUGUCAUCAACCUGUGCCGCAGCAGCGCUUCACCCAAAGCUGCAGAGGCGGCGCGGCUCCUCCUGUCUGACAUGUGGUCCAACAAGGAGCUGCAGGGUGUCCUCAGACAGCAAGGUUUCGAUAGGAACAUGCUGGGAACCCUAGCCGGGGCCAACAGCCUCAGGAACUUUACCUCCAGAUUCUAAGAAGACGCUGUCCAAGCAAGCUCAGCUUGCAGAAGGCUAUAACCCAGUCGAGAAGACCUCAGGCCUCGCUGGAUGGGUUUUUCUGUCCAUCUUGUGCAGUAUUUUGGAAAGGUUCAGAUGCAUCUGAGAGCAAACGUGGAAACUGUGGAGGGUGGAAAUAUUUUUAGAUUCUUUUUUCCUUGGGGAAAUUGGCAGGAAGUGGGGGGUGGGGAGGAUGGGGGGGGCUUUCUUGAGUUUAAGGGGCUUACAUCUCAUGUCAAUACUUUCUGCUCUGAGAAAUGAGGGGUGUGUGUGUGUGUGUGUGUGUGUGUGUGUGAUGCAAGUAUGCCGUCAUGUGCAUAUGCAUGUAUUGUGUGCUUGAGUGCCCGACAACAUAACUACACACUGCAGAAAGCUAGGUAGGUGUGCCGUUUCUUUGCAGUUCGUAAGGUAGUGUGGAGGACUCUGCGUGUCUCCUCCCUCAUAGGCAAGGGGGACAUGUGGUUUUUGGUUAGCAGCCCAUAGAUCUUCAGGUGGGUUGUGCCAGGGUAGGAGUGUGCCAGGACACAGAGGAGCCCUGCAGCCCUCCUGCCACCCAGCAGUGCAUCUGGGCUGACCUCCACCUUAAGAGGCACCUGCAGCACAGGAGGUUGGCUGGAUGGGAAAAUCUCAUGCGUCUGACAGUGCUGCCCUUCCCAGCGGCUGGGGCACCAGUUAGGCAUGGGGUGGGUCACUGGAGGCAGCAGGACAUUCUCACUUCCUUAGCUGUAUAAGGACACUGGCGAGCAGACUCCGAGGAGAUGGUGUGGUCCUCCAGGGCUGUACACCCACAGUGCAGCUGCAGUCUGCUGCUUCUAGGGGCCGGCCAAAUACCUCAGCAGGUUAAAGCACCUGCAAGCAGGUGCAGGAGCCAGGGGUUCAA